GGCGGCGAAGGAGGAGCCAGGCCGGCCUCCUUUCCUUCGGCUCCUCGCGAGUCCAUUUCCCCAGCUCCAGCGACACCAACGCGCCGAGCCAGCGGAGGAGAGCCGCCGCCGCUGCCGCCCGAGCCCGGGUCCUCUCCAAGCCUCCUUCUCCCAGGCGCGCACGGCCCCAGGGCUGCACCCAAGACGCGCGCGGGGAAACUCCGGCGGGGAGGGGAAACCGAGGGAAGGGGAGGGGGGCACGGCGCCAGCUUCCUGCUUGCGAAGAAGCGGGGAGGCGGAGGACGACGACGACGGAGCCGAGCCUACCGGGAGAGGCGGCCAGCGGGACACCCAGGCGGAGAAGCCGCCCCAGCAGAAGGAUUCCUACCCGGCAUUUUCUCCCAGAAUGUUUGAUGUUUGCCAACGUUGAGGAAGCGCGAUGGGGUUUGCCUCUUAACUGCAGGUAACCCCCCCCCCCUUCCUCCCAGAUCCCAAACCCACAUCUGUCGUGGCGGCCACGGAGGGUCGCCUCUGGGGGCGGAGCCCACCUCGGUCUCUCCUUCUAAGUUCUGGAUGGAAUUGCGGUGAAUGGAACAGAAGCCCAGCACGGUGGAGUGCCUGUCGGAGCCAGAGGACACCCGGUGGCCGGAUGGGAAACGUAAAAGAAAAAGCAGCCAAUGUUCGGUGAAAAGCAGUAUGUCAGGGUACAUCCCUAGCUACCUGGACAAAGAUGAACAGUGUGUUGUAUGUGGAGACAAAGCCACGGGGUACCACUACCGAUGCAUCACCUGCGAAGGCUGCAAGGGCUUUUUCCGACGGACCAUCCAGAAGAACCUGCACCCGACGUAUUCUUGCAAGUACGAUGGCUCCUGCGUUAUCGACAAGAUCACCCGCAACCAGUGCCAGCUUUGCCGAUUCAAGAAGUGCAUUGCUGUUGGCAUGGCCAUGGACUUGGUGCUGGAUGACUCCAAGAGGGUAGCCAAGCGGAAACUGAUCGAAGAGAACCGGGAGAGGCGGCGCAAAGAGGAGAUGAUUAAAUCCCUUCAGCACCGACCGGAGCCAACAGCGGAGGAGUGGGAGCUGAUCCACAUCGCCACAGAGGCACACCGCAGUACCAAUGCCCAAGGCAGCCACUGGAAACAGAAGCGGAAAUUUCUGCCUGAAGACAUCGGUCAGUCACCCAUGGCCUCCAUGCCCGAUGGGGAUAAAGUGGACUUGGAGGCGUUCAGCGAGUUUACGAAGAUCAUCACCCCCGCCAUCACCCGGGUGGUGGACUUUGCCAAAAAACUGCCCAUGUUUUCAGAGCUGCCUUGUGAGGACCAGAUCAUCUUGCUGAAGGGCUGCUGCAUGGAGAUCAUGUCGCUGCGGGCUGCCGUGCGCUACGACCCUGAAAGCGAAACGCUGACUCUGAGUGGCGAAAUGGCCGUCAAGCGGGAACAGCUGAAGAACGGCGGUCUGGGCGUGGUGUCAGAUGCCAUCUUUGAUUUGGGCAAGUCCCUCUCUGCCUUCAACCUGGAUGACACAGAAGUCGCACUGCUCCAGGCUGUCCUGCUCAUGUCCUCAGACCGCAGUGGGCUGAUCUGCAUCGACAAGAUCGAGAAAUGCCAAGAAACCUACCUAUUGGCGUUCGAACACUACAUCAACUAUCGCAAACACAACAUUCCCCAUUUCUGGCCCAAGCUCCUCAUGAAGGUGACCGACCUGCGCAUGAUCGGGGCUUGCCAUGCCAGCCGUUUCCUGCACAUGAAGGUGGAAUGCCCCACAGAGCUCUUUCCCCCACUCUUUCUCGAGGUCUUCGAGGAUCAGGAAGUCUAGGGUGGGGGGGAGGGGGUAAACAGGGUGGCACGGGAGAAUUGGGGAGGCAGGCAAUUUGGGACUGGGGCGACGUCUGGACUUGGGCCACGGAGCCCCCACCUCAUCACUUCGGACACAACAGAUUUUUGGGGAAAAAAAUUUGUUCUGUUUUAUUGUUUUCAUUUUUCUUUUCAUUUUUGUUUUGUUUUUCUAAAUAUUGCACGUCAGCAUCAAGUGAAUCACACGGAAGCGGGAGGUGAGGCGUCGGUGAUCGGGGCUGGGACACCAAAAAAAAGAGAAAGAAAGAAAAAGGUUGAACUUUUCUUACAAGGUAGACUUGUACAGUAGCCAAUUCUUCGGUCUAGGCAGACUUUAAAACAAAAAUUGGGCAAUAUGAUAUCUCCCUCCCUACUUAUUUUACUCCUGCCAAUCCCUUUUGACCUGGAGUUCUCUUUCAGGGGUGAGACAAAUUGUCUUAAAUUUUAACACAAUUAAAGGUGGGGGGAUUGUUCUACAUACUACUCCCCCCCAAUCCUUUGCCCUUCUCCCCAUCAAGACCCCCCCCCCCCCCCAGCACUGGAAACUGCCUGUACCUCUAGUUUUAGCCCUGAUCCAAACCUCUCUCGUUUAAACGGACUUGAUUACCAAUAUAUAUAAAUAUAUAUAUGUUUCUUUUGCACAUAAUGGUCCCAGGAAACGUCAGAGUGUGUUUGCUUCUUUUAUUCUUAUUUUCAGUUUCUUUUAGAACUUUUAGCAUUUAGUUAUCCUCCCUGGGAGGCUAAAAUAUAAAAUGCACUUUUUUGUAAAAGAAAAAAAAGAUUUUUUAAAGAAAAAGAAAAGGAACAGAAGAGAGAGAGAGAGAGAGAGAGAGAGAGAGAAGAGAGAAAUCCUAUUAAAUUAUUGAUGGGGAGGAAGGAAAGUCCUAAGGUGGUUUGGCAAAAAAAUGAGAAAACCCAGCAAACUGAGAUUCACAUUCCUAGUGUGAAGGACAGAUGCACUUUGAAAUAGGAAAAGACUCCCCCUCUCUUCUCUCCUAGCGGAAAAGCAGGUGAUUGAGUGAGAAAUCUAUUUUAUUUUGCUUCGAAUCGCACUGCAGGGCUCUGAACUUCAGGGGCACCGGCUUCUUAUUCCAGUGCUGAGGGGUAAAUUCAUCCCCUCCUGCAAGAAAUAAAAUUUCAACCUCUCCUGUUUCCACCCCUGAAACCCCCACUCCUCCCUGUGGCCAAUCUACCUCCAUGUUGGGCAAGGAAGGUGGGGAGGGGGGUCUAAAGUGUCCCCACUCAUUCUUACAGCUGCCCCCACCCCCAGCUAUAGGCCUGCACGCAUCGCUCCCUUUGGCCUUGGAAAUGGCCCUUGCUAACUCUUUGCACAUGCUUUCCCACGCCACAUGGCGGUACAUCCCCCCCCCCCCUUUCUGCACUAAUGUUAUCCGUUGUCCUACCUUCCCCGCAUUUCUCUCUGGGGGAGGCAACGAGCCAAAAACCUUGACUCUUCCCACUCUUGGGAGAACCAAGUAAGGGUCGAAUGCUUUCCCCGCUCCUUGAUUUUUGUUAUCAUUGUUUUUGUAAAUGGCACUUAUCAAUGGAGAAAGUUGAUAAUAUUCAUAGAGAGGUGGCUUCAUCCCAGAGAGCUACAGGCUGGAGCAGUAAGGCAUCCAAGGGGUGGGGGUGGCUAGCUCUCACGUAGGGGAACCAAGCCAAGCUGCUUGCUGCCCGCUUAAAGCCCUUUCUUCGAGAAUAUCCUGUGCCCCUCAUGCCCAUAAAUCUUCAGCCUUGUUCUUGCACCGAUCAUAUUCAUGUCCAUGGGAAGAAAGGGCAGAUGUCUGUCUAACUGGGCUCCUGUUCCACCUCUGGGGCAGGAGGAGCCACUGUUCGUAUGGAAAGGGCCAGCCUUUCCAUCCCAAUUUUCCUUUCAGAAGACUAAAGAAAUCCUAAAGGGAUUGCCACAUUAGACUUUUGUAGCAAAAUUAAAUAGGAGCCCAGUGGUACCUCCAAGACUAUCGUAAUUUCUUACUGCAGAAGCUUUACUGAACUCCUGAAAGUUGUGUGUUCCGGGGCGGGGGUUGUUUUGUUUUUGGCCAGCUGAUUUAUGGCAACCCUGUAGGGCUUUGAAAGGCAAGAGAGGUUCGGGGGUGGUUUGCCAUUGCCUGCCUUUGCAUCAUGACCUCAGUAUUCUCCUUGGAGGUCUUCCCCUCCAGACACUAGCCGGGGCAACCCUGUUUAACUUCCAAGAUCUGAUGACAGGCUGUCCAAGUCAGGACCGUGAAAACUUAGGGUGUAUCAAAUUGUGUUUGUCACAAAGGUGCUACUGGGCUCUUGUUUAACAAAGAGAUCCUGUGCUUCUGCACUUGCAUAGUAGAAUAGACACCGCGGGCAGAGCUGAGCCUUUGGGCUGCAUGCACUAGUUGGGGAGAAAUGGCGGUUGGAUCGCUCAGAGCCUUAUUCUCAAAAAGAGGGCAGCGUUUUUAGAGGCGGAAAACGGGGCAGGUUAGUCAAAAGCCAAAUUAGGCAAGCAGUGAUCAAGAAGGCAGGCAAUGAAGAAGCGUCCUGGAUUUUCAGACUCGCCCAGCAUUUGGUCUUUUGGGGAACUCUUUUCAUUCUAGCCUUCUUGCUGUCUAUCUGUCCCUGGCUGCUUGGGAAAUGGGCUGGCCCACUGAAGCCCUGAUCAUCAGUUUCUCCUUCCAUGACAGCAGCAUGUUUGGGUGGGUGGGGGGGAUGACUGGUGAACCAGCCCCCCAUCACCAUCCCCCAGUUCCCCAAAUGGAGUGAUGACAAACCCCAGUUUCCACUGCCAUCAGACCUUUUGUUCAGUUCUGUUGCCUCUGGGUUGGCAGCUACAUUGUGUUGGGAGGCACACGGGCAGUGCUUUUUAAGGUGUCAGAUUUAGCCCCCAAACCUUCAGUUGCUGAUUCCUGUGCUAAAAGAUGGGAGUUGGGGAUUUUUUUGAAAAAGAAAACCCAAACAAAGAACGAAAAGACCACCAGCUUCCUGAUGUUUUAAUUCUUUCUGUUCCAUUUCAACACAAACCAAACUGUGACUUCAUUAAGGAAAACAUUUUUGACACUUAAUGGGUUGGGCCUCUCCCAUGAGCCACUUCUUCUGUGAUAGAUCCAUCUUUUUGGUCAAUCUGUUAGGCAAGAUUCCUCUUAAAACUGUAAUGUAAUAUUGGAAGGGGGGUAGCUUCUUUUUUUUUUUAAUUUUUACUCCCCUCAGCCUCUCCUUUUCUUUCUCUCUCUGUCUCUGUCACUCGGUUUCCGUUGAGAAAAAUCCUUUACCUCUUACCUCAUUCAAGACGCUGUGGGAAUUGUUACAUGAUAAGUUGGGUGCAUGUCGGAUGUACCGUCUGAAGGUUCAGGGGCCGGCGUGUGGAGAACACAGCUCCAAUUUAAGCUAAUAUACAGAAAUAUAUAUAUAAGUAUGUAUAAUUUUUUAAUUAACAAGAAAAAUAUUUGUACGGGUCUGUUCACAAAAAAAAAUACUACGCAAGCAAAAUUGAGGGUUGGAAGAAAAUAAGGUAGGUUUUUAAAAAUCAUGUUAAAAUGAUGUGAGCUUGAUGUGCGCACAGGGUGGGGAGGGGGGGAGACUUUGCUGCUUAGUUGGUACUGAACAUGGUCCGGAGUCCUAAUAGCCAUGUAAGAAUGUGGUUGGUUGUCUUCAGGAUUGCGCUUGCUAAUUUGCAAACACCACACAAGCAUAGAAUUUGGUAUUGUGUACAAAUCCUGAGAGUCCGUUUCUCUCUUUUUUUAAAAGCAAGUUUUUAGUCCUUAGUGCUACGGAUGAGACAUAAAAGCCUGGUGAAAUCUUGAACCCAGAUUAAAGCUAAGCAGGAUUUCCAGUGCAAAAGCAGAAUAAAUCAUGCAAAACGAGCACCUAUAUUGCAGUUUUGCUUAAUUAUUCAGCUUUUCUUAGCAUGGAGCUCAACCUCUGUCAGUAUCCGAGAUUUGUUUUUUGAAACUCAGCAGUAUACAAAGCUAUAUUCGUUUUCCCGAUUAGCUUCGUCCCCAGGGAAUUGCAGAUGUGUCCACCAAAGCUGCAUUUCUUUUUUGCUUCUCAACUUGGGAGCUGGGGGACAAUGCAGUUGUACAAUUCUUGGCCUGGAAAAUGUGAGUUAAUCGCAGGGGGAGGCGGUGGUGUGGCAAAAGAGUGGAAGGGGAGGUUGAGGGCAUAGAUUUGGUGGCCUCUGCAACCCUUGCAGUUCCUCAUUUAAACACUUUCUAGUGGCAUAGAAACAGUCUUGAAGUGGUUGCUUCAGUGUUGCGGGGCUCAGUUUCACCAUGGAGAAGCAGCUCGCUCACAUAGAUCAUCUGAACUCUGCCCCAUCACUUCACUACAGGACCCAUUCGCUCUGCUCCUUCCCAGUUACAGUCCUGUUAACUUUCAAAAUAUUCUUUGACCACAGCCUAACAUCUCUGCAGCUCUUCCCUAAGCAAGCAUUAUGGAGACACUUGUGCACUUAAUUCUUGUGUGAUGUGCAGUGUGCUAAAAACCUCUGUGUGUGUGUGCAUGCGUGCAUGUGUGCACGCUUGCCCGGCUGUUCAGAAAUUACCUUUAUGCAACUUUGGCUGUGAUCCAGUGCACACUAACUCAAGAGUCAGUCUUUGGUAGCUUGCUUUUGAGUAAAUGUGUGUAAGAGUGAGCUGCUAGGCUCCAGCACUUUCUCUUAGAGGGAAAGAAACCCCAAAUUGCUGGUGGUUUCAAGUAAACAAACUGAGGGUGUCUUGUCUAAACAUCCAGAUCUGCCUUACAGGAGCCCAGUCAUUGGUUUGUCUAACUUAGUGUGGUGUGCUUCAAUGGGCAAAAGAUCUCUUGAUCUCAAACUCGGGCUGUUCCCACCAGGGGUGUAGCUGCCUAAAACAGCGCCCGGGGCAAGCACACUGGCUCCCUCCACCCCCAGGCACCACUUGAAUAGGUCACUGGGGGCAUGCAUUUAGUGAGCCACCUCACCCUGCAACCGCACCCCAUCCCCACAAACUCCACAUGGACUUUGGGGACAGGGCACAGUUGUGAGGGAGGGGUGCGUGCAGCUCAGCAAACACACACCCAUGUGACCUACUCAGCUGGCACUUGGAGCUCCAGCCCCAUCACACCCCUCCCUCAUGACAUGACUGGUGUCCAGCCCUGACCAAAUUAGACAUGCAGUGCAGGUAGAACCUCCAGGCAGGUUUCUUUUUAAAUUGAAAUGGAGACACAGGGGGAGUAGCAGGGAUAAUGAACCAUUUUUCCAUGGGCCCUUUUUUCAGAUAACACACACACACACACACACACACACACACACACACACACACACACGGGAAAAGGGGCUCCUUUUUCUGGAGGCAAGCCCGUGUUUCACUGGGGACUAUCUUUACACAAUUCAUGUUCUUUGCCGUAAAGUUCGGGUCCCUUCUCGUAAGCAAACAUUUUGCUAUCGUUUUUAAAUGUGCUGCUUUCGCAGAUUUGUAAAAGGUACACAUGGUUAACACAUAUUCUUACAGUAUACGCACACUUAUAUGUAUCCAAAUACUUCCCUUUUUGGUAUUUGAUUAUUCCUCCACUCCCCUUUAAGUAUUCCUUGCCUUCAUUCUCUUAGCCUGCUGCUAUCCCAAAACACUCCCAUAGGGUAAAAAUUCGAUCACUCUGGGCUUUCCUUCCCUCAGCUAUACCUCUUUAACCUCUUCCAAAAGUUGAUUCAGCACCCAUACCAACCUGUGGCAGAAUUCCCCUCAACAGAAGAAAAAAAUUGUGGCUAAUCUGGAGCAUCAUUUGUGAUCUGUCUCACUUAACAAUGCGCCCAAGCAAAUGUGUGGCCAUGCCUCAUGUAUGAGCAGAGCUCAGCAAUUCACAUAGCCCAGUUUUGUUUACGCCCUUUGGAAGUGGCCAUCUAAGAUCCCAGACUAAGAUCCCAAAUUCAGACUUACUUGAUUUCUGUAUGACUGAGAUUGUCACAGUCCCAGCGCUAAAUAUUAACAGCUGCCACAGAAAGCCCCGUGCAAGUCUCAGAAGUUCAUCCUGAAAUGUAGAGUUUGUCAUUACAAAAUUGAAUGGCCUCUCAUCUCUUUUGGUGGCGACACCUCUUCAUUGUAGCCUGCUGAGGUCCCUGUCUCCCCCCCC